UUCUUUCCGAGUGAUUCUUUUUUCCCUCCCUCUCUCCAGGUAUGGCUUUGUUGAGUUUGAUGAUCUGCGCGAUGCAGAUGAUGCUGUUUAUGAGCUCAACGGUAAAGAUCUGUGUGGGGAGCGAGUGAUCGUUGAGCAUGCCAGAGGCCCCCGGCGUGACAGCAGUUACGGUUCUGGACGCAGUGGAUAUGGUUAUAGAAGAAGCGGAAGAGAUAAGUACGGUCCUCCGACCCGUACAGAAUACAGAUUGAUUGUGGAAAAUUUGUCAAGCCGCUGCAGUUGGCAAGAUCUUAAGGAUUAUAUGCGUCAGGCAGGGGAGGUGACAUAUGCAGAUGCACACAAAGGAAGGAAAAAUGAAGGUGUGAUUGAGUUCAAAUCCUAUUCUGACAUGAAAAGAGCCCUUGAAAAGCUGGACGGGACAGAAGUAAAUGGCAGAAAGAUUAGAUUAGUGGAAGACAGACCUGGAUCGAGACGGCGCCGCUCUUACUCCAGAAGCCGAAGCCAUUCGAGGUCUCGCUCUCGAAGCAGACAUUCGCAUAAGAGCAGGAGCCGCAGUGCCAGUACUAGUCGCUCCAAGAGUAGAUCAAGAUCCAGGUCUGUGUCCCGUUCCAGAAGCAAGAGCCGUAGUCGCAGCAAGAGCCGUAGCAGAGGCCAAAAAGAGAAAAGCAGGACUCCAAGUAAAGAGGAUAAAAGUAGGAGCCGCAGCAGGAGUGCAGAGAAAUCCCGAAACAAAAGUAAAGAUAAAUCUGAGGGCACUCUCCAUAACAGUGACGAGAAAGCAAAGAGCAGGAGCCGCAGCAAGGAGAAGAGUAGGAGCAGGAGUGGGAGUAAGGACAGGGGAGAGGCGAGGGAGAGCGUGAGGAGUAGGAGCAAGGAGAAGAGUAGGAGCAAAGACAGGGAGAAGAGCAUUAGCAAGGCCAGGAGCAGGAGCAAGAGCAGGGAUGAGAGUAGGAGCAGGAGCCACAGUAAGGAUAAAAGGAAAAGUAGGAAGAGAAGCAGGGAUGACAGCAGUAGAAGCAGGAGCCGCAGCAAGAGUGAGAAAAGCAAGAGGCGCAGCAAGCGAGACAGCAAACCAAGUAGCAAGAAGAAAAGGAAGGACAGCCAUGAGCGGUCCAGGUCAGCCUCCAAAGAGAAGGAGCAUCUAAAAUCAGAAUCUGACAAAAAGGAGGCAAAAAGUGAGGGUGAGGAUGCAGCCGCACAUCGGGCAUCUCGCUCCAGGUCUAGGUCAAUUUCCAAAUCCAAACCAAACGUUAAAUCAGAUUCUCGUUCCAGGUCUAAAUCUGUUUCCAAGCCUAGGUCCCGGUCCAAGUCUAGAUCUAGGUCUGCCUCUAGGUCACACUCCCGAUCGCGGUCAAGGUCUCGCUCCAGAUCCUAACCUUGCUGCAACCCCACUUGGAACAGUCGGAGAAGUCUUUUGUACGUGUUUAGUAGUUGUAGCGCAAGUGAUUGAAGUAGAAAACACGUCGAUGCUGUAUAUUUUUAAGAACCCUGAUGGUACGUCUGUCACUGUUAACCACAGAGCUCCCUCCCUGCCCGGCUCUCUGGUGCAAGGCUGUGCAGCUCAUUUUCUACCCUAGAGAGAAAGGUUCUCUUUAAAUAGAACUCGUCCCAGAGCGCCCAAAUUGCCCUGUUUUCCAGCAAGAGCCUCGCAGAGAAGGAGCUCUACGCCUUGGUGGGUUGAUGAGGUUGCCGUGAUGACUGAUAGGUAGGUAUGACGGCUUCAGCAGUCUUUGCCCUUGAAUCGAUGCCCUUCGAUGUAUGCCAUGUAGUGGAAGUGCUAAGUCUUAAGUUUCCUACUACUUUUGUUUCAUAUUUUUGGACUUACAAAGUUGUGAAUAGCACAGUCAAAAGGAGGAAGAAAAAAAGAAAUAGGUACUUGCAGUAAUCCAUAGGGAAAAGAAGUAUAGUUCCAUAUUCUGGUAUUGUGACGAUAUCCUUGUUUUAUAUUAAAUUUUUUUAUUUUAUUUUUCCCUGUCUUGCAAAGUACAGUGAUUCCUGUUUCCAUGAAAUUUGAAUAAAGACUAUUUUUGCUUGAUGACA